AUGGAAUCGGACAAAAAAGAACAAGAACAAAAUUUGCAAGAAAUAUCAAUAAAUAAUGAGGUGAUCGAUGUGACGACGGUGGUUACUUUUGAAGAAGCCAACGUUCUGUUGAAUGAUAUAACGACCAAAUAUAACGAGAAAUGUAAUGACAGAAAAACCCUCAAACAAGCUCUGUUGCAAAAGAUAGCAGGUGAUAUGAAAAAUAAAGGUUUUGAUAUUCAAGAGGGACGUGAAGGUGCUGAAAAAAGUCAAAAAUUCGCCAACAAGCAACGAAGUUAUUUGAAUUAUAUGAAGAAUAUAAAAACAACUGGCACAGAGAUAAAAGACCCUCCACCGUAUUUUGAUGAAAUGCAUGCAAUUUUGGGCAAUAAAGAUAAGGUAAACCCUCCAUAA